AUGUAUAGAAAUUUAAUUAGAAACAAUUUACGUCAAUCUAUCAUUAAUAGACCAAGUUCAAUUAGAUCAAUUAGACAAUUAUCACAAACUACAAGCACAAAAAAGUCAUAUAGUAAAUCUUCAUUAUUAAUAGGUUCAUUGGUACCUACCAUUAUCAUUUACAACUAUUUAACCUCGUCAGAGGCUAUAAGAAACGACCAAGAAACUAAAGAAUUUAAAUAUCAAUCGACCUCAACUGCUAAUUUAAUUGAAGACAGAAUUUCAGAAGCCAAUGAAGAAGCAGCAACCGCAAUGAAAGGUUUUGAAAGAAAACAAGAGCAAUUAAAAGGUGAAACUAAAGGUGAAGAAGGUGGUGCUGCUUCUAAUGCAAAUACUGGUUCAAAUACUUCUUCUACUGCGUCAGAAGUUAGAACUAAAGAUUCUGCAGCAAAACAAGCGGCUGAUGAAUCUCAAGAAAAUAAAACUACUAGAAAACCAACUAAAGGUACCAGAAAGGAUAAACAAGUUUAUGAACAAGAUGAAAAUAAACCACAACCAACUGAAGAUUCAAAAGAUUCAGGUGAAGAAAAACAAGAAGCUGCAUUUAAUCCUGAAACUGGUGAAAUUAAUUGGGAUUGUCCUUGUUUAGGUGGUAUGGCUCAUGGUCCAUGUGGUGAAGAAUUUAAAGAAGCAUUUUCAUGUUUUGUAUUUUCUGAAACUGAACCAAAAGGAAUUGAUUGUAUUAAAAAAUUUGAAAAUAUGAGAUCAUGUUUUAAAAAACAUCCAGACCAUUAUAAAGAAGAAUUAUAUGAUGAUGAAAAAGAGUUGGCCACUGAAGAUGUUGAAAAUAAUGUAUUGAAAGAAACAGAUGAAGCUGUUAAAGAAAUUGUGUCAAAUAAAUAG